AUGGACACGGUGCUGCUGGAGCACUUCCCCGCGGGGCUGGACUCCUUCUCCUCGCCGCCCUACUUCGACGAGGAGGACUUCUUCCCCGAGCCGCCCUCGCGGGAGGCGCUGGGCGCCGACGGGCUGCCGGAGCCCGACGUGGACUUCCUCGGCCGGCAGCUGCACGAGUACUACCGCGACGGCGGGGACCCCGACGGCGGCUAUUGCUGCGAGCCGGCGGCCGCCGCCUUCCCGCCGUCGCCCGCCUCUCCCGGCUUCGCCUACGAGUGCUGCGGGGCGGCGGGCGCGGGGCUGCUGUCGCCGGGGGGGCGGCUCCGGGCGCUGGGCUCGGCCAAGCGGCGGCGGCGGGAGCGCUCCGAGGCGGAGCUGCAGCAGCUGCGGCAGGCGGCCAACGUGCGGGAGCGCCGGCGGAUGCAGUCCAUCAACGACGCCUUCGAGGGGCUGCGCUCGCACAUCCCCACGCUGCCCUACGAAAAGCGGCUCUCCAAGGUGGACACGCUGCGGCUCGCCAUCGGCUACAUCAACUUCCUCAGCGAGCUGGUGCGCUCCGACCUGCCGCUGCGCAGUGCCGGCGGGGACGGCCCCAGCCAGCCCAAGAAAAUCAUCAUCUGCCACCGCGGCACAAGAUCUCCCUCCCCUAGCGACCCCGACUACGGCCUCCCCCCGCUGGCCGGCCACUCGCUGUCGUGGACCGACGAGAAGCAGCUCAAGGAGCAAAACGUCAUCCGGACGGCCAAGGUGUGGACCCCCGAGGACCCGCGGAAGGCGAACGCCAAACCCUCGCUCAGCGACAUCGAGAACGAACCCCCCCUCGGCUUCGUGCCGUGAGGCUGCGCCCCUCCACCCCCGUGCUGCACGGACAGACUUCCACCCCAAG